GCUCUAACCUAUUACUUACCUAGAAGGUUCCUAGGUGGUACCCGGGAGGUACCCAGAAGGUACCUGGUCAAUUUACUCUUUUGUACGGAGUACCUUAACAACCAACUACCGCUGCUCAAACAACAAACACACACACACAUACUCUCUCUCUCUCUCUCUUCCUGCUCUUCCUUUUCACCACCACACUCUUAAAGACAACAAGUACUCCGUACGAUAACAACCUCUCCAUUAAAUCACUCCCCAAAUCAAUAGCAUCUCGGUCCCAGUCUCCAUCACCCACCCACCCUUCCAUCCUUCCUUCUUGCCCCACUCGGCACCAACAACAUGUCUGUUGUCUCUCUCCUCGGCGUGGAGGUCAAGAACAAUCCUGCAACCUUUGACGCCCCGUAUGAGUUCGAAAUCACCUUCGAGUGCCUGGAGCAAUUGCAAAAAGAUCUCGAAUGGAAGCUCACCUACGUCGGUUCCGCCACCUCAAACGAAUAUGACCAAGAGCUCGAUUCCGUCCUAGUCGGCCCAAUCCCCGUCGGUGUGAACAAGUUCAUCUUCAAGGCCGAGGCCCCCGACCUUGCGCGCAUCCCGAAUAGCGAGAUCAUCGGCGUGACCGUCAUCCUGCUCAGCUGCUCAUACGAAGAUCGCGAAUUCGUCCGCGUGGGAUACUACGUCAACAAUGAAUACAUGGACGAGGCAUUGCAGCUCGAACCCCCGGCCAAACCCGUCAUCGAGAAGGUGAGAAGGCACAUCUUGGCCGAGAAGCCCCGUGUUACUCGCUUCGCAAUCAAGUGGGAUUCCGAGGAAUCGGCACCGCCAGAGUUCCCCCCUGACCAGCCCGAGGCCGAUCUUGUCGCGGACGGCGAUCAGUAUGGUAUAGAAGAGGAGGAGGAGGAGGAGGAGGAGGAGGCCGAAGGCGCCCAAGAGGGUGCCGCCGCCGCCGGGGCUGAGGACGCUGAAAUGGCAGGUGCUGAAGAUACCGCAGGUCCCCAGCCGGAAGAAGAUGCCGCUUCUGAAGCUGGCAGCGAAGAGAUUGAUAUUGAAGACUCCGAGGACGAGGAGGAGGAGGAAGAGGAAGGCGAGGAAGGAGGAGAUGACGAUAUGGAGAUGGACGAGGCAGGGCAGAACGGUGAGCAGAAGCAGACUUCUGCGCAACAGCCAGUCACUCAAGGAAACGCCGAUGUCAUGGUGCACUAGAGUGCCAGCCUCGAAGGCUCCGUUCUAGCCGCAUCGCACCUCCGCUUUUGAUGCUUAGGUAGUAGAGUAUUCGAUCUUUUCGGUUGCCUAUGUUGACACGAGCUCGACGUAUGCUAUCGGUUGAUUCACGACUUGUGGGGGGGGAACUGUGUUUGGAUCUAUUCAGAAGCGUCCUGCGUAUACAAAUCCAACUGCCUUGGGGCAGUUGGUUUCAUCGGCUUUUAGCAGUUCUUUUUUUUUCGGUGGCGGCAGUAUGGCUAGGCGCAUAUCUUUAGAAGCACCCUGAAUGAAGUCACCCUCGCACACCAUGAGUUUCCGCUUCUGACAACCUCUUGUUGUACAACUACUCCCUUUAUACGAUCACAGGCUUGACGAUAGCAUCACAAGUAAUGUCGAACCAUACAGCUAAGAACGCUCUCGUCCAUUGACGAGAAA